AUAAAAUUAUAUCAAUAUAUCAAAUUUUACUACUAAAAGGUAUUGUUAAAAUUCAUUUUUCAUCAGAAAAAUAGAAAUUUUUAGUUUCUUUCAACACGAGCUUUUUUCAAAUUAGAUUUCUAUUUCUGCAUUCAUUCAUAUUCAGUCAGCUGUGCGGUGUACGGACGACGAACCGCACUGCCGCAAAUUCUAACCCCAAUGUUUUAUCAUCAAGUAAUAAUUUAAAAAUAUUGUUGUUUUACUGUAAUUAUAAUGUUUAGUUUAAUAAACAAUUCUUUAAAAUUUUUACCAACAAUUUCUCAACCUCUGGGAGGUGUGCUUCAGAGACAAAUCAACUCAGGAUCAUCACUUUAUUUCAAGUUGACCGAUUGCUUCUUCGCAGAGCCAAUGAAGAAGAAGCGUCGUUUAGAUCCGGCAAUUGUGAGAGCGAGAGAAGAUCGUAAGAAAAGAAAAUUGGAGAAACAAAUUCGCAGAAAAGAGAGGGGAUCCAGGCAGCUGAAGCCAAUCGAUGAGUGUGAAGUGCCAGAGGUUAUACUCAAGGAUGAGAAAAAAUGGCGAGUUCGUCAAGUCGAUAAAUUAAGUGAGCAGGAGGUGAUUGGUAGAGUACGCAUAUUGAAAGCUUGGGCUGGCUACAAACAGAAACAAGCCUUGAGGGACAUUCGUUUGAUGGAUCGCAUCAUGUUUUCACAGCAGCAUGCAUUGGACGAGCUGAGGAAGGAGUCCGAGUUCCUGUAUCAGGAAGCAAUCAAGGUUGAUGAAAACCUCAUUAACAGACCAUUUAAAGGACCCCUGAAAACACCACCCAUAGAAAACUAUGCAAGUCCAGAUGGAGAAUACAUAGACACAACUAAAAAGUGGUAAUGUUAUAGAUUAUUAUUAUUUGUAAUUGUGAUUAGUAUUUGAUAUGUAAUAAAACAUUUGUGAACAACAAAU